UUUCUCAGCCAGCAUGUGAGCAGGAAACACAUGUUUUCAACUGACAGGGCCGGCAAGAGGGGGGCACAGCUAAGCCGCACAGCUGCACAAAAGGAAAACAAAAAGGAAACUAUAGCCCGUUGAGUCGGUGAGGUUCAGUUUGGGGGGGUGUUAAAUCACUCUCCAAUAGAAAGGUCCAUUUGCUUUGUUUUUAGACAAGAACUAGAAAGUGGCCCAUCCUUUUAACGAGAACUGAGGAGCUUGAAAGACCACCCCAAGACCAUGACCAGAAUACAAUUUUUGGUGCUGUGUGCUCUCUUCUGCUGCUUAGCGGACAGUGCGGAGCUGCUCCGCUCCAAGAGAGGAACUCGUUUUUACCGAGGUGAGCCUCAGCGGAAGACAUCCAGGCGGCCACUUUUCAUUGUUCAUAUCCAGAAGCCUUCACCUUCCUUUGACACCUCCCCACGUUGUGUGGAUAGUACGACGUCAGCCGUGCAUAGUUAUGGGGACACUUGGCUGCGAUGGAAGGGACAGCGUGUGGAGUAUUGCCGUUGUGCGUUUAGAGGACGAGAACUGUGUCACAUUGUGCCCGUCAUCAACUGCUACACGUCUCAUUGCUACAAUGGAGGGACAUGCAAGGAGGCUGUGUACUCUUCGGACUACAUUUGUCAGUGCCCCCCAGGCUUCAGUGGCUCCCGGUGUGAGAUCAACACCAAAGAGAAGUGCGUUGUGGGCAGUGGGGAGGCCUAUCGCGGCACGUGGAGUCUCAGCAAGUCGGGAGCAGAGUGCAUCAACUGGAACAGUACGGCACUCAGGGGAAAAAAGUUCACCGCCAGGAAAGUGGAGGCCAGCAACCUCGGGCUAGGCAACCACAACUUCUGCAGGAACCCCGAUCGUGACGGUGCUCCUUGGUGUUACACUUACAAAGGCACUCAAAUCAUCUGGGAGUACUGUUCCUUGCCCAAAUGUUCACAAGAUAAGUACGAAGAAUGCACGAGAGGGAUCGGUCUGACUUACAGGGGUACGAAGUCCGUCACUAAAAGUGGCGCCCUUUGUCUCCAAUGGGACUCUCCGGCUAUCAUGCACAAGACCAACAACGCUUGGAGGUCUGAUGCCCUCGAAGUGGGCCUGGGCAGCCACAGCUACUGCAGGAAUCCUGACGGUGAUAAAGGCCCGUGGUGUCAUAUAUACAAGAAUUUGCAGCUGACGUGGGAGCUCUGUGAUGUCCCGAAAUGCACGAGACGUCCAUCCACCAUCACCCCACUGGGCCCUCGAGGCCCCAUGAUCAACAACAACCGAGGAAAAUGCGGCCAGCGUUUGGACAACACCCUGAGCCAACCUACCUUCCGCAUGUUCGGAGGUCGUGAAAGCGACAUUACGGAACAGCCCUGGCAGGCCGCCAUUAAUGUCUACCAGGCUCGUCUGCGGCAACACUUCCACCGCUGCGGAGGAAUUCUCAUUGACUCCUGUUGGGUCCUGUCUGCAGCUCACUGCUUCGAGCCCACGGAUAAACCUUCAAAGUUGGAGGUCAUUCUGGGCAGGACAUUCCGCAAACAGAAUUCCAGCAGUGAGCAGAUUUUCAAAGUGGAAAAAUAUUGGAUCCAUGAGAAAUUUGACAACGAGACGUUUGACAAUGACAUCGCUCUGCUGAAGCUGAAAUCAGACAUUGGUGUCUGUGCCGUGAACUCUCCAGAGGUUCUCCCUGCGUGUCUUCCUGAAGCUGGCCUGGUGUUGCCUGACUGGACCGAGUGUGAGAUCUCAGGCUACGGGAAAGACUCUGAGUUUUCUGCCCAUUAUUCUGAGCGUGUCAAGAGAGGUUUUGUUCGCUUGUGGCCCAGAGAGCGUUGUGUCCCUGCUGUGCUGUCUGGACGCACAGUCACCGCCAACAUGCUGUGUGCGGGCGACACAAGAGGCCUGGAUGACGCCUGCAAGGGAGACUCUGGCGGUCCUCUCGUCUGCCGCAACAAUGACAAAAUGACCCUGAUGGGAGUCGUCAGCUGGGGUGAUGGCUGCGGCCAGAGGGAUAAACCCGGAGUCUACACACGCGUCACCCGUUACAUCGACUGGAUUCAUAACAAAAUGACGGCCAACCCGAUCUGAGCAGCAAGAUGACGAUGCGUUCACUUAAUUAUGCGUGUUGUAUCUAAAUCCAAAUAGUGGAUGUUUGAGACAAGCACUUGCUUCGAGGGACCAAGAGGAACUUCUGUCAUGGGCUCUGAACACUCACAGUUGCUCCAUGUUCUUCACUUCCUGUGCUUGAGGGCCCAGUGUGUCCCCCCCUUGAGGUCAUCUAUGUGUGUUUACAUGCACAGAUGUGUUCAGUUGCUUUGGUCAGUUCACCCCUGUGGAGCUGGUUGCGGUGUGAAGGGUCAGUGAUCGGCAGCACCCGCAAUGGCAAAGGCUCAACACAGACUUCUGCAUCACAUUCAGUUCAUAAAAUCUGCUGGUUCAGAUUCUGCUCGAUUUUAUAAUUUUUUUUGUUUUAUUUUUUUACUUGGGAAUAUGUAACAGGGACUUUUUUUGUAACAUAACACUCGUGACACAUGGAUACAGCCUAGCAUGGACAGCAGCAUGUAAAGUAUAACGUUUGUAUGAUUGCCUUUUUUCAUAUUUUGAUAAACUACGUAGCUCCAGACAAAUAAUUUGUACCUGUGUGUUUUUAACUUUUCUACUAAUUUAAUAUUUAUGUGUAUUUUAUAGAAAUUUACAUGUGUUGUAAAUAAUUUAUUGUUCUAUAAUCACAGCGGGUAAAAUACAUUAAAUUUUUGGACUCAC